AUGCGGAAAUUGUUUGAUUUCUCCUCCAAUGGAUUGGAGCCAUAUAAUGUUUCUUUACUCUUCGAGAAUUGGAGUCCACACUUUCCAUUUGCGGCCGUUGGCAAUGGACCUGAUGUCCACAUCAGUAUGCUACAUCAUCUCCAUUCUAUGGCCUUUCUCGUUCUUUUACAUCUUUUCAAUCUUAUUUGUUGUCUGUCCGAACCCAUUCUCUCUCGAUUUGAUAUAUUGUGUGUAGUUCGUGACACUGUGGACCCCAUACAAGAUGAGCACCUCGCACGUUUUGUUGUUGGUUCCCACAUUCGCCACCACCCUGGAGCUACUGCUGCUGAUGCUGCUACUGCCAACCCUGUGGAUGGUUGUAUGGUUGGAGGAUCAGAACUUUCUGGUGUAGAGAAGAUCCCACAAGAAUUGUUGAAGAAAUACAUCAUAUAUGGCCGGGAGAAAGUGCGACCUAAGUUGCAUCAGAUGGACCAAGACAAAGUUGCUAAGAUGUACUCUGAGCUGAGAAGAGAAUCCAUGGCCACAGAAAAUUGA